CGGAUUGCGUUGUUACUCUGGAUACGGUAUGAUUAAUAUGAUGCAAGAAGCUGGCAGCAUGAUGGCAUGGCUGUGACUGCACUGGUACCAUCUGUAUGUGUUUCUCUUGGUACCGGAAGGAGAUUGUCGGAAGCACCUGCAUAGCCGUGGGGUUGCUGGUGUAUUGCUGACAUGUCGGUUUGCCCAUUGGAGCUUGGAGCAGCAUAGCGGCCGGACCAGCCCAGGACUGCGGAGCUCAUGGAUCGCUACCGCUGGGGAAACGCUGCCGCCCCAUUCAGCUCGGUGCCGCUACUCGCUAUAGGAGCCAUUACUGGCGCUGUCCGCGUCCCAAGUGCUGAAACCGAGCCAGCCGCGGCUUAGCGCCCCCUCCCUCCCCUCACAGCAGCUGAAGCGGACGGAGCAGCACACGGGAUAAGCAGGCUACAUGGUGGCAGCAGGAAGCGGGGUACAGCCAUGGAUUUAUUGGGGAGACAGUCGCCCGGAUCCCGCCCAGCACUGAGCGCUGCGCACAGAUGGUAACACGCCGCAGUUUGGUAGAUGUGGGUUUAUAUACAAAAGGAUGUAAGAUAGAUCCAUGCUGGCUGGGGAGGGGUCGGGGGAGCGAUUUUAUCUGCUACAAUGUCUGGUACCCGGGGUUGUACGGUGCUGCGGGCCCUCCGGUUGCUGCUGGUAUUAUCGGGCUGGGCGGCGGGGCAGCGGAGAUACUCAGUAAGGGAGGAGCUCAGUCAUGGGGCGUUUGUGGGCAACGUGGUGAGCGACCUGGGCUUGGAUCUCAGGCUCCUACCCUCCCGGGGCUUUCGGAUCGCGUCCGGUAACAGCAAACAGUAUUUCGAUGUGAAUAUCGGUAACGGGGUUUUAUUUGUAAACCGAACCAUAGACCGGGAAACUCUGUGCGACCCCGGCCCCCCCUGUCUCAUCAACCUGGAGGUGGUUGUGGGGAACCCAGUGGAGGUGCACAACAUCGAAGUAGAGAUAUUAGACAUUAACGACAAUGCUCCCAAAUUCCCUAGAAAUGAAUAUUAUUUGGAGAUCAGCGAGUCUGCCGUCCCUGGGGCCCGGUUUCCUAUAGAAAGUGCUCAGGAUCCUGACUUGGGCACCAACUCCAUUCAAACUUACAAGCUUAGUGAUAAUGAAUAUUUUGCUUUGGAUUUAAAGACUUUCAAUGGAAAUAGCAAGCUGAUUGAGAUUGUUCUGAAAAAAGCCUUAGACAGGGAGCAGAAACCUCUCCAUCAGUUGCUUCUCACUGCCAUAGAUGGUGGCACUCCUGCUAAAUCUGGCACUGCCCAGGUAUCCGUACGGGUGAUGGACACCAAUGACAAUACGCCAUACUUUGAUAAAUCCACUUACAAGGCUAGUGUGCCUGAAAAUUCCCCAGCAGGCACGUUAGUCAUUAAAUUAAAUGCCAUUGAUCCCGAUGAAGGAUCAAAUGGAGAUGUCUUAUAUUCUUUCAGCAGUUACACUCCGCAGAAAGUUAGACAGCUGUUCACUAUUGACCCACAAAAAGGAGAGAUACGUAUUAACGGUGCAGUGGAUUAUGAAAAGGCAUCAGAAUACGAGAUCUAUGUUCAAGCCACUGACAAAGGUACUGUCCCUAUGGCCGGGCAUUGCAAGGUGCUGGUCGAGAUUGUGGAUGUCAAUGACAAUGCCCCAGAAAUAGUGGUAACAUCCAAUUACUCUCCAGUAGCCGAGAAUUCUCAUGAUGAGACAGUCGUUGCACUAAUGAGUGUAACAGACCAAGACUCUGGGUUGAACAAACAAGUUAGUCUCAGGAUACAACCCAACAUCCCAUUUAAACUGACAUCUUUUAAGAACACGUACAAACUAGUAACAGUUGGUAAACUGGACAGGGAAAAGUCUUCUUCCUACAAUAUUACAGUGACGGUCACAGAUUCCGGGACUCCACCUUUGUCCACUCAAAAAACUCUGUAUGUGGAAGUAUCAGAUCUAAAUGACAACCCCCCUACAUUUGAGGAAAAGUCUUACUCUAUUUAUAUAAUGGAAAACAAUGCUCCCGGGGUGUCCCUGAUCUCAGUAAAAGCUACUGAUCUAGAUUCCAAUGAAAACUCAUUUGUUUCAUACUCACUUCUAAGAGGUGAUAUUGAAGGGCUACCGGUCAGUUCUUAUGUCUCAAUCAAAUCAGACAAUGGAACUAUCUAUGCUGUACAUUCCUUCGACUAUGAAAAACUGAGGGAAUUUCAUUUUGUUGUUCAAGCACAAGAUGCAGGGAACCCAUCACUUAGCAGCUCUGCCACCGUAAAUAUUUUUAUUAUGGAUCAAAAUGAUCACGCUCCUACCAUUUUAUUCCCAUCUACUGCCAAUGGUUCUGCAUCAAUCGAGAUGAUACCUCGAUCGGCUAAUGUUGGUUAUCUAGUCGCUAAAGUAAUUGCCAUUGAUUUGGACUCAGGUCAGAAUGCUUGGUUGUUUUACAACUUGUCUCAAGCUUCAGACCCUAAACUUUUCCAAGUGGAGUUACACACGGGAGAGAUAAGGACUACAAGGAAGGUCGUAGAUGACAGUAUUACUAACUACAAUUUAACUAUUCUUGUACGAGACAAUGGUCAGCCUUCCCUUUCUUCUUCUGCCACUAUAAGUGUUGUGGUUGUAGACAGGGUUCCAAAAACCAUCCCUGACACGGGGAGACUUAUUCAAAAUAACACCAACCUUUCAGAAAUAACCAUUUACUUGAUCAUUGCACUGUGCUCAAUUUCAUUUGUGUUUCUUCUGACAGUCAUUGUUCUAAUUAUCAUUAAAUGCUUCAAAUGCAGUGAGUCCGGGGGCUGUUGUGCUGGGGCCUGUGGCCAGAGGCAGCCAAACCCAGCUGACAUCUAUAAGCAGGCAAACAAUAACAUUGAAACUCGAUUGCCACCUGGUUUAAAAGUGCAGCCACAUUUCAUUGAAGUUAGAGGGAAUGGCUCUCUUACAAAAACUUACUGCUACAAGGCCUGCUUGACGGCUGGAUCGGGAAGUGACACUUUUAUGUUUUAUAACACUGGAGCUGGUCCCAUUGUGCCUGCCACUCAUGUGGUGGCUACAGACAGACAUGUGACAGCGCAAAAUAGACACAGCGUGCAAAACCUGAUCAUUUUGAAAAGUGAAACCACAACUCCAGUUGAGCCCAAACAUCCUCAUCCAGACUGGCGUUACUCUGCUUCACUCAGAGCUGCAAUGCAGGGCGCUGUGCACAUGGAAGGAGCAGCAGUUUUACGCGGAGGAGCUGGCGGUCUUGAGCAGCAAUGGCCGACGGUGUCCAGCGCAACACCAGAACCUGAAGGAGGAGAAGUAUCUCCCCCUGUUGGAGCUGGCGUAAACUGUAACAGUUGGACCUUCAAGUAUGGCCCGGGCAAUCCAAAACAACCAGUGCCACAAAUCCCCCCUGAUUUCCCAGAGAAUUUCAUUAUCCCUGGAUCACCAGCCAUUAUUUCAAUCCGCCAGGAUCAGCCAUCGGCUCAAAACCAGAAAAACUUCAUAACAUUUGGUAAGAAAGAGGAAACCAAGAAGAAGAAGAAAAAGAAGAAGGGAAACAAGAAUCAAGAUAAAGGGAAUAACUCAGCUGACAACAACGAUAAAUGAGAGGAUAAUGAAGCCAAUUAUUAACCCAUUUUUGUAAGAAAUAAUGUAGCAACUUCUAAAUUCUUCCUACUGUUGAUGCACCUUCCUAUAAACAAAGACUUCAACAUUCAAGCCUAAAAACUUUUAUUGUCUGACUAUAUUAUUUACCAGAUUAUGUCUUAAAGCUUUAUUCUGUCAAAUGUUAGUCAUAUCCAGCAGUUGUUUCUCGCAUCCAAAGAACACAGUUGCAACUUUGUGCAUAUGAAACAGUAAGUGACUGUUAAGGCCAAUGUCCAUGUAAAUAGAGUAUAAUACAGAGUAACAAGUUAUAUUCAGGCAUCCAUGCUAGGUAGAAAAUAGUUAAUGGACAGAUUUUAGCUGCAAUGCUGUCUUCAGUAGUAAGAAAAUGUGCAGAAAUGAGGUACAACAGAGGGAAGAGAAAACCAAGGAACAACGCAUGAAUUGUGGAAACAUGAAAACAAGUGAGAUGUUUGUUAUAGAUUCCAUCUGCUCUAGAUCAAAUACAUAUAUCACAGAUAAAAUAUACAAAGAUAUAGCAUAAACAGCUCUUAGAGGGCUUGUGGCAAGGGUAAUGGAAAGUCAGGCCAAAUUUAGGCAUUGGAUUUUGAUUCUUUACUGUUUAAUGACUAAAAUGAACCAGAGUCCAACAGACAUCACCAUUGUUGCCUUUAUUCAGUCAAAAAUAUAGUUUACUUUAUGGGGCUGUACACCUGACUUGUCUCAAUAAAGGCACCAUAGUUGACUUCUUCCGCACUUUGGUAUGGUUUGCUCAUUAUUGAUGGGCAAAGGAGCCGGUACUACAUGUCUUAUUCUGGGUGUAUACUCCAAAAUGUGGGUUCUUUUGUGUCAAAAUCCAUUUCUAAAAAUAUUGACCUGAUUUUUUAAAUAAACCCUUUUAUCAGGCUAUAUAUAUAUAUAUAUUUUCCAAAAUGGCACUCAGGCAUUCAACCAGUUUGUUAAUUACUCAUCUCUCUAUAUAUCUCUAUCUUGCUUGAUAGAUGUCUAUCAUUCUAUCUGCCUUUCAUUUGAUAUUGUAUAUAUCUGUGUAUAAACAACACGAUUGCUAUGUGAAUAUAACUAGCACACCUUCAGCUUUCAAGUCAUGGAGACAAACAGGAAGAACUGUCUUAAAAAAAAAAAAAGUAUUUUGGAUGCAUAUUUUAUUGCUGGCCAUCUCAACAAACCGGUAGCAUUCGCAUGUUGGUGAUAUAACUACCAGUAUAAUAAAGUGUUUUAAAAGCUGGCAUUCCGGUAAUUCAUUAGCCACAUUGACAGACAGCAUUCACUGACAGAUAGACUGAUAGAAAUCUACCAGCUCUUUAUCACCUGAUUUCUAUCAAUGUAUAUAUGGACACAUUAAAUCAUAUGUGUUUUAUAUCUCUGACCUAGCACCCAGGCAUUUGACUAGAUUAAUACACAUUCUUCUGUAUAGCUUUAGCUUGAUGAAUACAUGGAUUGAUAGGUGUCUUAUUUAUAUCUAUUUUGAAAUCCCACUAUACGCAAACAAAUAUCCACUAUCAUGUUUCUUACUGGGGUGCUAUUCAAGGAUAAAAUCAUUAUAACUGAGUAUAAAGGGCAUUCACAGGACAUGAUACUGUGCGUCCUCUUCAUACCACCCACUUCAGUGCAGCACCUUCACUUAUAGCCAAGUAUAUUUUUCAGACAGAUGCAUCAUAGAGUAUCAGUGCUAUUAAAUAUCACCCUAUUUAAAAAUCCACAUUUUUCCUGUUUCUAGUGAGUGGUAUAAUGAGGGGGCAGUGUAACAGCACUUCUAGCACCACACCAAUAAAGGAUCCUAUAGAAUCCCUGAGUGUCCCUUAACCUCAGUAAUGUGUAUACAACAUCAAUAUUUGACAUCAAUUAUGUUUUUACCAGCCUCAUGAAAUUAUUUUAUGCAAAUAUCAAACUUUACAAUAGGGGCAAAUUCCUCAGGAAUCAAAAAAGGUGAAAAAAAAAAAAAAAGAUAAGACAUUACCUUCUUUUCUUAAAAACCUUCUGUUAUGCACAAUUUCUGCAAAAUAGCGCUCAACCAUUUUCUACGAUUUAUGAUCGCAAGCAAUGGUCAUUCGUUUCUUGGCAUAUGUUUUAUGAAGAGCGGAUAAAAUUUGAAAUAAAAGCUCUUUCUUCAGAACAUCCGAGGGAACACAACAAGCCAUUGGGAAGUAUAACUGCUGCUAUUAAAGUGCUUUAGAAAAAAAUUGCCUGAAUCAUACAUAUUGUAUUGGUCACUCUCUAAUCACAGCUUUGUUAAUUAUGUUUGAUCACUUUGUGGCUGGCCGUAGCAUGUGUAAAAAAAUUGUUACAAAAGAUGUAAAAACAACAAAAAAAAACCCUUUACCUUCAUAUUCACAUCAAGGACACCAACAUGUGAACCAGGAUUCAAAUCCUACCCUUUCCCCAACUAUGUGACUCACAACGAAGUUGAUUACAACGUGUGGUUUCAUCACUAAUGUGAUUGGAUUUUGCUGUCUUGAAGAAUAUGAACUGAUGACCUUACUAACAUCCAUGUGACGAUAUCACGUAUCUAUGCCCUAUGCCUCUAUGAAACAUAUAUUUAUUCUGUGCUUGUGUAUGUGAAUGCAAAUGCAGUUAUAGUUGACCUUAACUGUUGAAUGUAAACCUCCAACCCCCCCUUUUCUUUUUGUACACUUGUGAAGAUGUGAAAUAGUAAUGUUUUUUUUUUUCAAUUCACUGCUGUUUAACAUAUUUUUGUUUAAAAAACACACAGUAAAAAAACUUUCUUAA